AUGCUGCCGCGGUGGGAACUGUCCUUUUACCUGUUAGCUUCUGUAGGCUUCCACGUCUAUUCUUUCUAUGAAGUGUACAAAGUCUCCAGAGAACAUGAAGAGGAACUGGACCGAGAAUUUGACCUGGAGACUAGCACUUUGUUCGGAGGAUUAAAGAAGGACCCAACCGACUUUGAGUGGAGCUUCUGGAUGGAGUGGGGGAAGGAGCGGCUGGUGUGGCUAUUCCUUGGCCACAUGAGCAUGUCUCAAGUCGCCAACCUGCUUUCGAGGAAGCACAAGCUCUGGAUCCUCGCCGCCUAUGGGAUGUGGGCCUGCCGAUGCGUGCUGGGCACCCAAGGCACCGCCAUGGUGCUCCUUCACACCACCAUCGCCUUCUGUGUUGCUCAGUUCCGCUCUCAGCCCCUGUCGUGGCUGUGUUCUCUCUCUCUCCUCUCUACACUGAGACUGCAAGAUGUGGAGGAAGUUAAGAGAGGGUGGUACAAGACGGAGACUGAAUACUACCUGCUGCAGUUCACGCUGACCGUGCGCUGUCUCUACUACACCAGCUUCAGCCUGGAGCUGUGCUGGGAGCCCCCGCCGGCCCAGCGGCCCUUCUACUCCCUCCCCUGGAUGCUCGCCUACGUCUUCUACUACCCAGUCUUCCACAAUGGGCCGGUCCUCAGCUUCCCGGAGUUCAUCACGCAGAUGCAGCAGCAGGAGCAGAGCCCGCCGAAGACCAGCCUUUCCAUCCUUGUCUUGGGGCUGGGCCGUCUCCUCUUCUACUGGUGGCUGGCAGAGCUGAUGGUUCAUCUCAUGUACAUGCACGCCAUCUACAGCAGUGCCUCCCUCCUGAGGGCCGUCUCCAGCUGGACCUUAGGAGGACUGGCGCUGGCCCAGGUGCUCUUCUUCUACGUGAAGUACUUGGUGCUCUUUGGGGUCCCGGCUCUGCUCAUGCGCCUGGAUGGACUCACGCCGCCGCCCCUCCCUCGCUGCGUGAGCACCAUGUUCAGCUUCACCGGGAUGUGGAGGCAUUUUGAUGUUGGACUACAUGAUUUCUUGGUUAGGUACGUGUACAUCCCCGCGGGCGGGUCCCAGCAUGGCCUGCUGGGGGCCCUCUUCUCCACCGCGAUGACGUUCGCGUUUGUGAGCUUCUGGCACGGCGGCAACGACUACCUGUGGUGCUGGGCCACCCUCAACUGGCUGGGGGUCACCGUGGAGAACGGCGUCCGGAAGCUGGUGCAGAGGCCACACGUCCAGCACAGCUUGGCCCAGUUCCUCUCCCCAGGAGCUCGCCGGCGAUUGCACGCUGCUCUUGCCUCUUGUUCCACCUCCAUGCUGAUCAUGUCCAACCUGGUGUUUCUCGGGGGCAGUCAAGUCGGGGAAAUCUACUGGGAUAGGAUCUUCAUACAAGGCUGGCCGUGUGUGACCCUGUCUGUGCUGGGAUUCUUGUACUGCUACUCCCACGUGGGCAUCGCCUGGGCCCACACGUACUCUGGCAGCUAA